AACAUAACUUCGAGAUCUCUGUGACCUGGUUGCGGACAGUAACGAUGAGCCAGGUUUGUUUGAUUUAUUCACACAAGGGCUGCCCUUUCUCUGACCCAGGAGGGAGCUGUGUGGGAAGCUAGUUAGUGCGAUAGGCCUCUAGUGCUGUUCUGCAGAAUGUCUGGAGCCAGAGUGUUUGCAAAGAGCCUCUGAUAAAUAGGCAAAAAAGGCCCUGCUCUCUCCAGCUGGACUUCAGUGAUGCUCAGAGAUCAUUGUAUCCUCAUGUAACAACUCAAACAGGCAGGAACAUCCUAAGCUCCACUAGAUUCUGUGUCUAAGCUGUUAUUUUUAAUGCAAUCAACAAACAGUGCAUGAAUGAAACACUGGACAGGAUCAGAGGCCAACAUGGCUGGGCAUGGCCACUUAGCUCUUUCAGAUGGAUACUGUCUUGCUGAACCACCCCAACUCUACGAGGUGCUGACUGAUCAGAUUAGCUACCCACUUCAAGACCCAGAACUACAGAUGCCUGCAUACAGCCAGUAUUCCAACAUGCAGUUCUCUACAAUGGCAGCACCUCAGCAGCAGACACAUUAUUCUGCUCAUAAUUAUUACCCUCAGUAUUCACCAGAAGGACAUUAUUCUCCAAGCUCAUAUGAGCUAAACAAACCACAGUACUUGGGCCCCAAUGUUACAGAUGGAGUGAUGCCUGUCAUGAAAAGACCAAGACUCAACAAUUCAUCUUUGCGAGUAAAGGGUGAGGAGGAGUUGUGUGUGGUGUGUGGGGACAAGGCUUCGGGGUAUCAUUAUAAUGCACUAACCUGUGAAGGAUGUAAAGGAUUCUUCCGCCGGAGUAUCACGAAAAAUGCUGUGUACAAAUGUAAAACUGGUGGGAACUGUGAAAUGGAUAUGUACAUGCGGAGAAAAUGUCAGGAAUGCCGGCUGAAGAAGUGCAAGGCAGUGGGAAUGCUAGCUGAAUGUUUGCUAACAGAAAUUCAGUGCAAAUCUAAACGUCUACGGAAAAACACCAAACAAGUCAUGGAUAUUUAUUGCAGCAUAAAGACAGAGGAAGAUGGUGUUGACAGCAAACAGGUUUCAUCUACAACAAAGGCUGGAAAGAUGCAGCAGAGAGUGGAGUUUACAGCUGAGCAACAACAGCUCCUCGAUUACAUUGUGGAAGCUCAUCACAAGUACCGAAUACCCCAAGAAGCAGCAAGAAAAUAUUUAUUCGAACCUGCAAAUCCUGUGGAGGAUUUUCUCAGGCUCUCGGAGAAUGCUACCCUGCAAGUGGAAGUAUUGGUAGAGUUUACUAAAAGAUUACCAGGAUUCCAGACAUUAGACAACGAAGACCAGAUUGCAUUGCUAAAAGGUUCCACUGUGGAAGUGAUGUUCCUUCACUCGGCACAAUUGUACAACCAGAGCUUCACACAGAGCAGUCACCAAUAUAUUCAGGAUACUGAACACUAUUCCACACUCCCUGGAUGUUGUACUAACCAAUGUUUUGAAGAGCAUAUUCCAGCCGUUAUGAUGGAGCAGUCUAAUUUGGAUGAGAUCUCGAUUGUAGUUCCAAAUCGCACAUUAGGUAUAGCUGAAGAAUUUAUAACACCAAUGUUCGAUUUCUACAGAAGCAUGGGGGAACUGAAUGUGACAGACACUGAAUAUGCUUUACUUUCUGCAACCACCAUUCUUUUCUCAGAUCGACCCUAUUUAAAGAAUAAAACACAUGUAGAAAAAUUACAGGAGCCUCUUUUGGAGAUUUUACACAAGUACUCCAAGAUCCAUCAUCCUGAGAGUCCACAGCGCUUUGCUCGGCUUUUGGGUCGACUUACUCAGCUUAGAACUCUUAACCACAAUCAUUCAGAGGUAUUAAUGUCCUGGAAGAUGAAGGAUCAGAAACUUACACCCUUGCUCUGUGAAAUUUGGGAUGUCCAAUGAAGGAUUAUAGCAGAACACUGUUACAUAUUUUUGGACUGGUCAGUGCAAGUGUAAACCCAGCUUUUAUUUUGUAGCACAAAUUCAUGACAAAAUAAAAAAUGCAAGAUCUCCCUUUAAUUUCCAUCAGUCAACAGCUACUUUGCCAAAUCAAUCAUCUUGGUGCUCAUUACAGUCACUGAAGUUUUCUUUGCAUAAUCUAACUUUUUGUUUAUUAUACUGACCAACAGCUUGUCGCUUGGUCAUUAUAUUUGUAAAGCAUCUGUUCUUAUUCAGUAUAAGGAUGACCCACUGGUGAUCAAGACAGGUAUUUUUCACCUUUUUAAAUAAACUGUUCUGGAGAUUGCGGAGACCUCUUAACAGAGCAAUAGAUAAAUCAGCCUUUGGAUAGUUGCAAUUCCAAAAAUUUUUACAUUCGUAUAAUCUUUAAAAAUGUUAACAUGAUUUUUAUAGAAAUUAGUACACAUUGCUGGGGUAUGGAAUUACAAAAUUGCUAAAAUGCAUUUCAGAUUGUUUUAUCAUUUAUUAUAUAUUUUAACGAUUUAUGGAAGAAAAUGUAACAUAUCUUAAAAUGCUAGAAUUUAAGAAUAUUCAAUAAACUUUUAUAUUA